AUGUCGUCGAUUUUGGUUACAUAUCCGCGAAUAUUGAGAACGUACGAUUGCGAUGCUUCACUUACAGGCGAAUGGACGAAGCCCUCGAAUGAGAUUGCUUUCGCGAAAAUGUCGUCAACUGGACAACUCCUUUACAGACAAGGAGAAUCUCUUCUUUUCGCCGACCAAAAAGCGCCACCGAAAAUCGUAAAUGUAACCGAAAAAGUCACUAAGUUCGACGUUUCGGAUCGCAACGUCAUUUCCCUCACACCGAAUUCACUCGAUGUCCUCACCCUUGGCCUUCGAAAAGAAAACUCAAUCAAAAUACCCGCAAAUCGCAGUUGUCUUGCUCCAAAUACCGCCGACAAAUCCGUGUUCGUCGGCUGCGCCAUUUCCGGAGAGCUCCACCGAAUCUCCCUCGUCAAUUAUUCCGUCAAAGAGAUCCCUAUCAUCAAGCAACCAACAAAUGCUCUGAAAUCUGGAAUUCUACAAAUCGCGCCGAUCCACGCAUCGCAGAGAAAACUCGCCAUUUUGAGGGGCGAAAAGCUUGCUGCUUCAGAAGCCGCCAUUCUCGAUGUCACUAAAGGCGUUGUAAGCGCCUUUCCGCAUUCUAGCCUGGCUCCUACUAAAGCCCUUCGCUGCUCUCCAGUCACUGACACGCUCUGCUUCACUGCCGGCUACGACAAAACUAUCAAGCUCUACGACACGAGAGAGGUGAAGAUGAUCAGCCGCAACACAACCGACUUGAUCAUUCAAUACGCAGACUUUGUCGACGCGCAGAAAAUUGCGUUUACUUGCAUCAAAGGUGGCGUCUACAUGAUCGACUUGCGAAAUAGCGAUAAAAUAACGACAAUCGCGCAGCCCGUCGAAACCGGACUCGUCAAAAGCUCGAUCACUUUGGAUCCUACUCAUCGAGCUUCUACAAUUUUGGCAGAGUUGGAGAACCCACAAGAAAAACCAAAAAGAGACAGAAAUUUUCUGGAAAAACGAACUGCGCCGAGAAUCCAGUCUCCGUUAGUUUCGCAUUCUACGACCACAAGUGCUAGCCUUCAGCCAUCUGCAAACACAAAUACAAUGGAAAUUGACCAGCAAAAAAUCACGACAAGGCCAAAGCCAGUUCUCAGGGAGCAAGUUUUCCCAAGUUUCAAAGAGAACAAACAAGUCACUCCGAGAAAUGAAGACGAAAAGCAAGAAACUGCAACAUUGCCAAAAGUGGAACUUGCGAAGAUCACCGGUCUACUGGAAACUCUUGUUUCGAAGGUUUCGGCAAUUGAACAAAAAGUGGUGAGUUUGGAUCAGCGGAUUGAGAAAUUGGAAGCUCCGGUCAAAGAAACGAGACAUUUGAUUACCUUCCCGAUGGAAUCUGACUCCGCACGUCCUUUGCAAGCUGACAUGAGAGCUCAAGUGACAGAUCCACUCAAGAGGAAAAUCGAGCGACUCGAACUUUUCCAGAACGACGCAAACAGCAUGAUCAAGGAGCUGGGCGAGAUGUACAUCAAGGACAACGACGAACUGAAAGCCGCUGUGCAGAACCUUGCUGAACAAAUAGAACGAGCGCGCCAGCCGAUGAACGCUUCUCAGCUUGUCCUUCCAGACUGGCGAACUUAA